AUGGAUCAAUAUGAUGAUUUUUUGGCCGCAUUAUCAAAAGGCGUGAAUUAUUUCAUGCACAACGGCAAAGACCAUCAAAUUAGGAUUUUCCCAUGGACUAUUGGAUUCAAUCCUAAGGAGGAGACUUCACGUGCGGCAGUAUGGAUUUUGUUCCCAAACCUAUCGAAUGAUUUAUUUGAUAAGAGAUCUUUGCUUUCCAUUGCUUCAGCAGUCGGGAAACCUAUUUUUAUGGAUAAGGCCACGCAACUAAGAUCAAGACCUAGCAAAGCUAGGGUUAGGGUGAUCCUCAACUUACUGGACAAAUAUCCGGAUCAUGUUCGACUUCAAAGUGUAGACAAAGUUACGGGCAGAAUUAUUGAUAAGUUUCAGGAGGUCAUGUAUGAUAAUAUGCCUCAAUAUUGCACCCAUUGUAGGCACCAAGGUCAUGAUGAAAAAAAUUGUCGAUUGUUAAUUGAAAAAAAUGUAGUGGUUCAAAAAGAAGAUAUUGCGGCAAUGGAGAUUGAGGGAGCUUCAGUUGAGAAAUUGCAAGGAGAUGCACGUGAUUAUCUAAACACUAAAAAGCAACAACAAAAGGGAGCUAGCAUGGAAGAUAUUCCAGUUGGAAAGGAAGCUGCUCUAGAUUUGCAUUCUAAUCCAAAAAAGAAUAAGGUUAGUACAUCGGGUAAUAGUAAAUCUGAGGUAGUCCAUUCUCUUAAUAGCAAUGAAAAUCAGGCGAUUCUGGUUGGAAAGGUGCAAGAGGUGGUGCAACCGGCCAAAAUCAUCGAGUUGCCUAGUUUUGGUGAUACGGGUGGCACAGUUAGGAAUUCAACGAUUUCCGAACAGGUUAUGGAUUUAAACAAUGCUAGAGAUAAUGCUGGAAGUGAAGGCUGGAUAGUGGUCUCACGCAAACAAUCUGUUGGUCCUCAAAUUGUCAAAAAACUUAAUAGGACAAAGGAGCAAGGCAUUGUAACAAAGGACAUUGUGUGUCCUAACACUUUUGAGGCUCUUUCAGGUAGAGAGGAGCACCAAUCUACUUCAAAAUUUUCUAAACGACAUAUUGCACAUCCGAAAUUGGGAAACAUGCUAAUGCAAUAA